AGCGCAGGCGCAGUCCUCGAUCGGACCCUGCGCGGCGUCACGUGAUCGUGGAAGCCGUGCGCGCGCCCGGCGUCCUCGGAGACGAGCGUCCCGGGGUCGAGCCUGGGGGGUUCUCUGGAGAGGCAAGAGCGAUGGUGCCCCAUCUGGUCCCCAGGUGGCCCGUGUGCCUGUUCCGGUGGCGGGCGGCCUGUACUCUGGGGGCCUGCGUGCCGCAGAGCGCAUGGGCCCGGGCGUCCAGGACCCCCGGGCCAGGCAGCCCUCGGGGGGCCGUGGGCACCAGCCCUCUGGUCCGCAGAGGCGGCUCCUCCUCGUCCUCCCGUGCCCCCGAGGUGAUGCUGACCCGGGAGCGCUACCCCGUGCAGCGGCUGCCCUUCUCCGUGGUGUCCGAGGAAGACCUGGCCGCCUUCGAACGCAUCACCCCCGGCAGGGUCGUCACAGACCCGGAGGAGCUGGAGGCGUCCAACGUGGACUGGCUGAGAACCGUGCGAGGCUGUAGCAAGGUGCUGCUGAAGCCCCAGACGACAGAGGAGGUGUCUCACAUCCUCAGGUACUGUCACGAGAGGAACCUGGCGGUGAACCCACAGGGGGGCAACACGGGCAUGGUGGGGGGCAGCGUCCCUGUCUUCGAUGAGAUCAUCCUGUCCACUGCCCUCAUGAACCAGGUCAUCAGCUUCCACGGCGUGUCUGGGAUUCUGGUUUGCCAGGCAGGGUGCAUCCUGGAGGAGCUGAGCCGGUACGUGGAGGAGCGGGACUUCAUCAUGCCCCUGGACUUAGGCGCAAAGGGCAGCUGCCACAUCGGGGGAAACGUGGCGACCAACGCGGGUGGCCUCCGGUUUCUGCGAUACGGCUCUCUGCACGGGACUGUCCUGGGCCUGGAAGUGGUGUGCCCUGCUCCACCUCCUCAAGUGUGCACCCUGCUCCACCCCCAGGUGCUCGCUGAUGGCACUGUCCUGAACUGCCUGACCUCCCUGCGGAAGGACAACACGGGCUAUGACCUGAAGCAGCUCUUCAUUGGGUCAGAGGGCACCCUGGGGGUCAUUACUGCCGUGUCCAUCUUGUGUCCGCCCAAGCCCAGGGCCGUGAAUGUGGCCUUCCUCGGUUGUCCAGGCUUUGCCGAGGUUUUGCAGACCUUCAGCACCUGCAAGGGGAUGCUGGGCGAGAUCCUGUCGGCAUUCGAGUUCAUGGAUGCCGAGUGCAUGCAGCUGGUUGGGCACCACCUGGGUCUCGUCAGCCCAGUGCAAGAAAGUCCAUUCUAUGUACUGAUUGAGACCUCGGGCUCCAGAGCGGGGCAUGAUGCUGAGAAGCUGAGCAGCUUCCUGGAGCAUGUGCUGGACUUCGGCCUCGUGACAGAUGGGACCCUGGCCACUGAUCAGAGGAGAGUGAAGAUGCUGUGGGCCCUGCGGGAGAGGAUCACGGAGGCGCUGAGCCGGGACGGCUGUGUGUACAAGUAUGACAUCUCCCUGCCCGUGGAGCGGCUCUACGACCUCGUGAGCGACCUGCGCGCCCGCCUCGGCCCGCAGGCCAAGCAUGUGGUGGGCUAUGGCCACCUGGGCGAUGGCAACCUGCAUCUCAAUGUGACGGCCGAGGCCUUCAGUGCGUCGCUGCUGGGUGCCCUGGAGCCCUACGUGUACGAGUGGACGGCCGGGCAGCAGGGCAGCGUCAGCGCCGAGCACGGCCUGGGCUUCAAGAAGAAGGAUGUCCUCAGCUACAGCAAGCCGCCUGCAGCCCUGCAGCUCAUGCAGCAGCUCAAGGCCCUCCUGGACCCCAAGGGCAUCCUGAAUCCCUACAAGACGCUGCCUGCCCGGGCCUGAGGGGGCCUGUUGGGGUCAGUGGGAGGGGCAGGCGGGACCCUGGUCCGGUCUUGGUUUUGCCCAUUGGGAUGGGCCCUCAGUGCUGCUGUGGGCUCAGAAGGCCUUCAUCCGAUGGAGCCAGCAGCAGGUGGGGUGGCCCAGUCACCUGGUCAGAGGGGCCAGGAGCCAGCUAUGUGGAGCUGGGUGACACAUGGCUCUCGGGCAGGAUUCCUCCUGGCCGCUCUGCCUGGCCUCUUGGCGGGCACUGUCCGUCUCUUUGCAGGUCAGGAGCAGGGCCUCUUGCUGGCACAUCUUGAGCAGGGCGGGCGGGCAAACAGUUCUGCUCACUCAGAAAUAGACCAGGCCGCACCCCGCUUUGCUGUGGCCCUGGGGGUUCCACCUUGUUGGCCACAGCCCUGAGAGGGGGCGUGGGUGGUCCUGCCACUGGGUCCCCCAUGCAGUGCAAGCCCCCAUAAUAAUCUUGUAAAAGCCGAUGGUGAACUGCCAUGUUCCCUAAGCACAGAACGUCAGGGGCCCACUGUGGCCCCAGGCCUCACCACCUGUCAGGGGUGGCCGUCCCUGUCCCCAGACCCAGUUCCUGACCACCUCCAUGUCCCCCGGCCCCCUGCUAUGUCCCCCGUCCCUGUCCCACUGUAGCCGGGAGCCCAGCCUCCGUGGGCCUGUGAGGCUUGGUCUCACGUGGGUCUCCUAACUUGUCAGAGGCGGGUCCGUUCAUGUUUGUGAUGUGAAACGAGGGGGCUUUGCAGUUGCAAGAUGACUUUCAAUAAUAGUUUUAUGAUUAAGUGAGUUUAUUUUGCAGAAUUAAAAUAACACACGAGAUAUUUAAAAGGCUUAAAA